CCCGCCGGCCUCGCGGACUCGGAGGCGCCGCCGCACCGACCCAAGCUGACCCACAGCGCGGCCAGCACGGUCACCGUCAGCUGCGGGGACGACGAGCUCUGGCCCGGCAUGGUGGCGGCCGCUCAGGCGUCAAAGUGUGAGCACUGGAAGAUGCAUUACCUGAUGGUGCAGUUUCUACAUGUUGUCCCUUCAACUUAAAAUAAAAAUUUACAACAAUAAGUAAGUGUAGCUGUAAGGCGGAAAACCUUGUCACUGCACAGGUGAGUCUGCCAGACAAGACCGGGGUCCCUAGGAGGAGUACACAUCUGGGUCUGAAUGGAGGCAACUGUCCCCACAGAGGGAGCAGAUGCUGCAGCCGUCCACUCGCCAGAAGCUUCUGCUGCCGAGCCAGUUCCUGGGGUAGUAAACACUCCAGACUUGGAUAAAAUGGAAGGAGACAAGGGUCAGGUUGGACCCUCAGGAACAGGAAAGUACAUAUCUGACAGCUGUGAGUCGGACUCAGAAAGUGAGGGUGAGAGAAGUGGCAAGAAAGAGAAGAAAAAGAAAAAGAAGAAGAAGAAGGAUUCCAGUUCAUCAUGUUCAGCUUCAUCCUCCUCAAGUAGCUCUUCAGACAGUGACAGUGAGGAUGAGAAGAAGAAGAAAAAGAAGAAAGAGAAGAAGAACCAAAAGGUCGAGAGCAAGAGUUACAAGGGGGAGAAUGUCGUUAUAUCUCAGUUUGGCCAAAUGGACGAGCUGUCUGCACAAGGCCUAGAGGCACCUCAGGAUUUAAACUCAUCAGAUGAAGAGGAUAAAAAGAAGGAAGAAAAAAAGAAACAGAGAGAAAAGAAGAAAAAGAGGAAGAGAAAGAAGAAGAAAAAAAAGAAGGAGGAGGAGGAAUCGUCCUCCUCAUCUGAUAGUUCAUCGUCUGAGAGUGAUGAUGAAAAGAAGAAAAAGAAGAAAAAGAAAAAGAAAAAAAAGGACUCCAGUUCCUCCUCCUCAUCUUCAUCGUCCUCUUCUGAUAGUGACGAUGAAAAUAAGAAGAAAAAGAACAAGAAGAAGAAAAAGAAGGACUCCAGUUCCUCCUCCUCAUCUUCAUCAUCCUCUUCUGAUAGUGACGAUGAAAAUAAGAAGAAAAAGAACAAGAAGAAAAAGAAGAAAAAGAAGGACUCCAGUUCCUCCUCCUCAUCUUCAUCAUCUUCUUCAGAUAGUGACGAUGAAAAUAAGAAGAAAAAGAACAAGAAGAAGAAAAAGAAGAAGAAAAAGAAGGACUCCAGUUCCUCCUCCUCAUCUUCAUCAUCCUCUUCUGAUAGUGACGAUGAAAAUAAGAAGAAAAAGAACAAGAAGAAAAAGAAAAAGGGCUCCAGUUCCACUUCAUCGUCCUCCUCUGACAGUGACAAUAACAAGAAGAAAAAAAAAUUAAUGAAAAAGGACAAGAUGAAGAGGAAAAAGAAAUACAAAAUAAAUGAUUCCAGCUCUUCAUCCUCAUCGUCAUCAUCUGACAGUGAUAAAGAGAAAACGAAAAAGAAGGAGGAAAAAAAGAAGAACAAGCAACAGAAAAAGGAGGAAAAAAAGCAGAAAGAGCUCAGUACUAUGAGCGCUUUUUCAGCAGGACCAGUUUUUGAUGAGGAGGAAAAGAAUACUGAAUAUCCAGACAUGAACAAACUCAAAGAGCCUAAAGCAGCAGAAGAAGGGAAACUGUCCUCUGCAGGGGGAGCUGAGAUAAUUCCUGGUGGCACUGGUGAAGCCCACAUUAGUGAUAAAGAGGGAGAAGGAGGAGCAAAGAAGAAGAAAAAGAACUCCAGCUCUUCUUCUUCAUCUGAUGGCUCUUCUUCAGACUCUGAAGAUGACAAGAAGAUGAAAAAGAAAGAGAAGAAGAGGAAGAAAAAAAAGAAGGUCAAGGAUUCCAGCUCUUCUUCCUCAGAAGACAAGAAGAAAAAGAAGAAGAAAAAGAAGAAGAAAAAAAAGAUGAGCUCCUCUGAUGACAGCUCCUCUUCCUCCUCGUCCUCCAGUGAUAGCGAUGACGACAAGAAAAAGAAGAAAAAGAAACACAAGAAAAAGAAAAAAAAGAAGGAUAAGAAGAAGGACUCUUCCAGUAAGAAUGAGAACAAGAAAAAGAAGAGAAAGCAUAAGAAGAAGAAAAAGAAGAAAGACAAGAAGAAGAGUUUGUACUCAUCAAAUGAAACUGAGAAGAUUGACAGUCUUGAUGGUGAGCAACUUGUGGAGCCAAACGGGGAGGUUUCAGGCUCAGGUGCACAGUCCAUCGCUGGUGGCUCCAGCUCCAAGCUCAGUGGUUCCUCUGUCUGCUAUGAUCACUCCUCAGUCCCGUCUGUCGUGAAGCAGGACCCAAUGGCUCCUUCAGCUGUUUCUAGCUCAAUGCUGAAUAUGGAAGCGAGUGUAGUGGAGUCGCUGACGGGAGGUUCAGAGAGCAUCGGAGAUGGAGGAAGCUCUUCUUCUAUGCACCUAAGUGCUGGUGACCACUUGAGAAGCCAUGAGCCUUAAGGUUACAUAAGGUGUUACUGGUUAACCCUAUAACGCCAAACGUAUCAUAAAGGAUUCAUGAGUUUUUAAGCCUUCUGCAUCAUCAGUGUGAGAUUUUCUUUCUUGAUAAACCCAAUGUAUACAAUCAGAUACUUGCAAUGCAUAGAUAUUACACCAGGGGCAGCAAAUAAUAAGGGCUUUUUAGGGACAAAAUCUUUUAGCAUUGAGUAGUCACAUAUGAUACAAAUUGAAACUAAUUAAUAUUCAUACUGAAACUGAUAUUUGAUUUUGUUUUAUUGUUCAGAAUGACAAUAAAGGUUCCAGUUUCAAAAA